UGAACUCCCCUCCCCCUCUGCUCAUCUGCUCCGCAGCCUCGUCGAAACACUCAGACAAACACACGGCCGGAGAGACGAGAAAGAAACCUGAGAUACAGGCGAGACAAAGAUGAGAGACACGAAACCGCAGCCGAUAUUGACUCUAGCGUGAACCAUGACAGGCUGGAGUGAGAGAUAGACGGCUAGAGGAGUAGGGGAGGGGUGAACAGACAGAGAGAGAGACAGACGGGAGGGAUAUGGCCCUCUUACACGUCUCUGCAGUCAAGCUGCACGCCCUGGACUGAAGACCAUGCUGGAUAAAAGCGAAGUGUCCACUCUCAGUCUGCCGCCCUCCGUGAGCCAUGGCGGGUCAGACGGGAACAUCAGCGUGGAGGCAGGGUCAGACGGGGCAUGCGGCGAGAUCCAGAGAACACGAGUGGCACUGGAACACCUGCAGCAGAAGAUCCUGAAGAUCACCGAACAGAUCCGCGUGGAACAGGAGGCCCGUGACGAUAAUGUGGCCGAGUAUCUCAAACUGGCCCACAAUGCGGACAAGCAGCAGGCGUCGCGCAUCAAACAGGUGUUUGAGAAGAAGAAUCAGAAGUCUGCGCAGACUAUUGCGCACUUGCACAAGAAGCUCGAGCACUAUCACAAGAAACUUAAAGAGAUCGAGCAGAAUGGUCCUGCACGACAGCCCAAAGACGUCUUGAGGGACAUGCAGCAGGGCCUGAAGGACGUAGGUGCCAAUAUGCGAGCGGGAAUCAGUGGUUUCGGAGGUGGAGUAGUGGAAGGAGUCAAGGGCGGAGUCUCAGCACUCACGCACACCGCCGUCGUCUCGAAACCCCGAGAGUUCGCCAGUCUCAUCCGCAACAAGUUUGGCAGCGCCGACAACAUCGCCCACCUAAAGGAAACUUUGGAGGAUGGGCACACGGAGGAGACUCCCAGAGCUCUGAGCGGCAGCGCCACGCUGGUCUCCAGCCCCAAAUACGGCAGCGACGACGAGUGCUCCAGCGCAACGUCCGGGUCGGCGGGUGGAAGCAACUCUGGCGGGGCGGGAGCGGCAAUGGGCAGCCCGCGACUGGACGGACAUCAUCACCACCAUCAUCACCACCACUCGUCGUCUUCCUCUUGGGAUGCCCUGCUGGAAGGCCUGCAGGAGAUCAAAGUCGGUCAGGUGCAUAUGGAGGACGCCAUCGAGGACAUGAAAGCGCAGCUGCAAAGCGACUACAGCUACAUGACCCAGUGCUUGCAGGAGGAGCGAUACAGAUAUGAGCGUCUGGAAGAGCAACUCAAUGACUUGACGGAACUCCAUCAGAACGAGAUGAGCAAUCUGAAGCAGGAGCUGGCCAGCAUGGAGGAGAAGGUGGCGUACCAGUCGUACGAGAGAGCGCGAGACAUCCAGGAAGCAGUAGAGUCCUGCCUCACCCGCAUUACCAAACUGGAGCUGCAGCAGCAACAGCAGCAGGUGGUGCAGCUGGAGGGCGUGGAGAACGCUAAUGCCCGAGCUCUGCUGGGAAAACUCAUCAACGUCAUCCUGGCCCUGAUGGCGGUACUGCUGGUGUUCGUCUCCACCAUUGCCAACUUCAUCACGCCCCUCAUGAAGACGCGUGCCCGGGUUGGCGCCACCCUCGCCCUUGCGCUCUUCCUGGUCACACUGUGGAAACACUGGGAUUGGCUUGAGCUUUGCUUGUUGCCCAGUUGAAAAACAUGAACAAAAUACAUGUCCAGAACUUAAACUCUAACUCUAACCAGAAGUGGGUGAGACCUUGAAGGACGUACAAGAAAGAUCCAUCCAUGGCGUCAGUAAGGAGAUACGUGGCCUGAAGAUGGUGCUGUCUGAAUCGCAGGCCAUGGCUCUACAUUUCCUGUCUUUUCCUUCUGAAUGGGUUUCUUUUAGGGCUGCGCGAUUAAUAAGGAUGCGCAUCUCGUCAGUAAAGCCGGUUCUGUGAUCAGUAGUAAAUCUCCAUCACGUGCUUUUAGAUGGAGCAGCAUUUACUACACAGAGCCGGAGUUCACUGACAAGCUACGCAAAAAAACCUAUGAAAUCGAAGUAAUCAUUCGCGAUAAUGACAGCUGUUUGCGUAGCACGGCUGUGUGUAGUAAAUGCUGAAAGCAUGUGAAAAUAUCACAUUUAAUAACAUGUUUUUACUCCAAACUCAGUUCAUAACGUCAGAGGAGUGUUUGAAAUAAAUCCUUCUGUGAGAUGAUGUGGCUUCUUACACAGAAUAAGGCACGCAACAUAUUUCAUAGUAUUCUAAGCAGUGAUAAAGGCAUUGCAUUAUUAUAUACUUUAUUAUAAGGAAAAUGAUAAAUGAUAAUGAGAAGAACUUAUUAGUCACGCUGAAUCGAUGAAAGCAGUUAAAUCUUCUGUUUAUUCAGCAACAGCUAUAGACAUUUCCUGGGUUUCUUCUGAGUUUCUCUGGCCUUCGGAUGGAGUUUACUACUGAUCACAGAACUGUGCUUCACUGGCAAGCUGCGCGCAUGAAUAUCAUGUUUUUUGCAUUUGCGAUUUCAUUGCGAUUUAUCAUGCAGCCCUAGUUUCUUUCCUUUUUUUGGACCACUGAGCUCCUUUUGCUUUAACUAAUGAAUGUUAAAACUGGUUCUUAGAGCGGACACAAGAAAUAAGUCCAGAGGAUGGUCUUCUGCUGAUGCAUGGCUUUAAUACCAACACAUGGUCACAUUUCAGAUCCAAACAUCUUCAUGACCGAAGGAACUCUUUCAUGUUGACACCAAAACUGUCUCAGAUGUGUUGCGUUUAGUUUUUGUCUCUGUGGAUCUCAGUGUCUGUUAUACCUCGUUAUGGAGGAGAAGGAAACUUUGUCAUUUUACUUUGUGUAUUGUUAAGUGAUAUUUGACAUAGGGCAGAAAAGCAGAAACGUAACGUCAGUAGUCAAAAAUCAAUACUACAUCUGUCAUCAGAGCAUUUUUGUAAACACAGUAAUAGUGUCACACUCACUGUUAGCAUGAUCAUAUUUCUCAUGUUUCUACCCGUUUGCUAAAUCACAACACCACUGUAUUCUUAAUAAAUACAUUUGCAAAU